UACUGUCCUUGUGGGUUGUUUGGCUUGUUCUCCUACAAUACAUUCUAGUUAAAAAAAAAAAAAAAAAAAAAAAAAGAGUGUUCGCACCCCAAAACCUCAAAACCCCUACUUCCUCAAUGUGUUGCUUAGAUGCAUCAUCUCAGAAAGUACCAAAGAGUGCUGCUCUUCUACUAUUUGCUAUAAGCCUGGGAGCUCUUCAGAGUGGGAACAUAAGGCUCAAGUAACCAUGAAGUAGUGUUGCACUGGAGAGAAGGAACCCAGCGCUGCAUGGAUCAGUUUCUCUUUGUUCACUCAUUCUAACACAUUAAUUGGGAGGACUCUAAAUCUGGAAGUUGACAGCACUUCCCAGAACCAAAUUUAGGCACACAGAAAAUGCAAUUGUCCAGCAUCCCACCGCAUCUGCACCAGCGUGAUGAGCAGCUGAGUCACAUACAGGCACUGCAUAGCCAUCCAGCCACAGCCAUAUAUGGGCUUGUGCUCCGACUGCUUCUCCCAGGAAAUGUCUGUAGGCGUGUGGAAAUACAGCCCCCUCAGAGCAUCAGCUGACCUUAAACACCAUCCUUAAAGUGGUGCAGGAUCAACAAAUGCAACUUUGGUGGAAUUGAUUCCAGCCUUCUUCCUUUCCACCUAUCUCUGGGCUCACCUCAGCACCUUUCCUUCUCUUCUGCAGUGUGAGGUGCCAGAGUGGGAGCAGAGCUCCUGCUUUGGAGAUAUCAGCUGCAGGAAUGGGGUGGGAGACUGCUUAACAAUCUGGGAACUAUGCUACUGGAAGAGGGAGACAAAAGAUCUCUCUCAAAAAGAAAGGAGAGAGAGAGGCAGAUGCACAGAAACUGUCUUCCUUCAAUUUUCUAAACUCCAUUAGAUUCUCUCUGGCAUUUGUUAUGGCUCUAAUUUUAUCGCUUUCCAUUCUCCUUAAAAUAUCACCCUAGGGCCACCAGCCCCUGCCACAGCGAGACUGCAUAGUGGCCAAGCUCCAGCUCAAUACAGCCCUGCCCAACCCUGACAUGGCCCCUGCUCAGCUGGGCCCACCAUUGUGAGCGCCCCCACAUCCCCAGCUGCCUGCUCCUGGUAGUGCUCUUGGAUGACACCUGGCCUUGAGGGCCUGUCCUCAAGCACCAGGGGCAGCAUGCUUGGCCCAUGGAAGGAUAUGCUUUUUAUUGAGUCACGCUUUGUACAACUAAUAACUAUUUACAGACAGAGAUAAAUAUCUCUGAGAGGAAAUGUUUUUACAUAUUUAUUGGAUUCCGAAGUAUUACCGGAUUCUAUACAACAAAAAAGAAAAUUUAACAGCUAACUACUUGUUCAUAUUGCAUGAAAUGUGGGUUUUAAAAUUGCUAAGACUCUUGAUUUUGUAACAAUCAGAAGGGAAGUGAUGAGCAUCACAUCUUGCAACACUUCCGAUAAUAUGAGUGUUCCCUAAAAUGUAGAAGACAAGGAGGCAGCCCUAUUUGUAGCUGUAUAACCAUUGCAAUUGCGAGUCUUUCCAUUUUCUCUGAGCCUCAAGACUAUGAUACAAAGAUAAAUGAGACAAAGAAGUUUUCAAAUACAAGGUAUGUCUAUCUUUGUCUUUCUGUUUUGUUUAUGGGAGCAUUUGGUAAUGUUCUGAGAUAGAUACAGGAAGCCAUGGGCUGGAGGGCCGAUGAUCCAGGCAUAAUCUCAGAAGCUGGCAGAGAAAUACAUGGAGCUGAGUUGAAUAAAGAUUUUUGCAAGCAAGAUAUCUACUGCCUGCCAAGAAAGUUCUUUAGCCACAUUUUUUUAUUUUCUUUCUGGUUUUGGCAUUGUAUUUGUAAUAAACUUAGAUGCUGCUCCUAGAUCUACUUUUAUGCAUGUAUACUAAAAAAUACACUUGGAAGUAUACUAGCUGAGCUAACCAAAUUUAACAUACUGAUCACUGAGUAUCUAGAGCUAAUCGAUUUUGCUGUGACAAAUUCUGAUAUUUUCUAUUUGCAGCUGUUUACCCACAUGCUUGAGGUCUACUCAUCCUGAUAGAUAAUCUUUAGACCUUAAGAUGGCAGUCAUCAGCGAAUGUAUGUAGAAUUUCUAGAGCUGUUCCCAAAUCAAUAGCUUUACAAAUCAUCACACAAAUUAUUUCGCUGCAGUGAAAAACAACUUUGUUGAUCUUGUUACUAUCCAUUUUAAAGAUUCCCUGGCUGCUUGAAACAUCCAUAUAAUCUUUUCUUGCACAAGAACUGAGAUGGGCAGACAGUUUGGAAGCAGGAAGAAAAGAUGCUUGCUUGUCUUGGACUCAUCUUCAUGACACAGUGGAUGCUGCUGGUUGCCCAGAUGUAUGAUGAUUGGCAGUGUACAAAUUGGGAGAUGUCAGAUUCACCCAUCCAAAAUUUGAUGCUGAAUUGGUGGAAAACAGAACUGAGUUGGAUCAGCACCAUGAAUUUCACUAAGUACAACUGUUCUAUGUCAGUAUAUAAUAAUGUGGUCGAAAUACAGGAAAAGAAUACAAAUUGCAUCUUUGGAAGAAAUCUAGCAUAUCCUCUGCACAACGGGGCAAAUUUUUCGGUUAAAGCAGAGAGCACUAACAGUACAUACUCAGUCACAUGCAAGUAUAUUCCUCAAGGCAUUAAUGGGUCAGCCAUUAAGAACUUCUCCUGUGUGAUUUAUGACAUUUCCCUCAUGAACUGCACUUGGCAGGCAGGCAGGAAUGCUCCAGGAGAUACUCAAUAUUUUCUCUACUGGCAGAACUCGAGAGAUGAUGACGUAAUGGAAUGUGAGCUUUACAUUGAAGACGAAAAUGGCAGACAUGUGGGAUGUAGAUUCAAAAACGUGAAGAUAGAGAAAUCCUAUUUUUUGGUGAAUGGGUCUAGCAAAAACUCCCUGAUCCAGUUCUACGACACAAAUAUUGACCUAUAUACAAUUGAAAAACUCAUGCCUCCAUCAAAUGUCACUGUCAGUUGUGACGAAAAUUCACAUUCUUGCACUAUUCGAUGGCAACAACCCCAAAUAAAUCACUCUAAAAAAGACAGAUGUUUUAAAUAUGAAGUUGAAAUAACAUCCAAGGGUAACUCUGCAGAGUGGACCAAUCAAAGUUAUACAAAAGAAAUUAUUACAAGCCACAUAGUUCAAAAUCCCAACAUGAGAAAGAAGAACCUGGUGAAAAUAAGAGCAGCUGGCCAUACGUGUAGAGUGAGCAAAGACUGGGGGGAGUGGAGCGCAGCUGUUGAGUUUGGAAAUGAAGAAAUUUCUUCUUCAGUAUGGAUUUUACCCGUAGUGGCAGUUGCAACACUCUCAAUAGCUAUCUUUACAAUUUUCUUCUGCAAAAGGACUGGUUAUUGGAAAGCAGUAUUUCCACAAGUUCCAAAGCCAAAAAAUCCAUUUCAUGGACAGCUUGAUAUAAAUCCACAGGCUUCAUUGUAUCUUUACAGAGAAGAAAAGAUGUUUCGCGCUCUUGGACUCACAUGCAUGAUUUGUUGGUGCAUGAUGCUAUUUUGUCCUUUGCAUGCUGACCUUCAGUGUAUGGGGUCAGGGACACAAGAAUUGCCUAUCUCAAACUUGACAUUGAACCAGAGAAGAAUGGAGCUGUCCUGGCAAAGCAGCAAGAACUUCUCCAGUUACAAGUGUACCAUGGCUGCAAACUUCAAACUCAGAGAAAUGAAGGUGAAGAACAAAUCAUGCAGGUUUGAAGUAGAAGAUAGCGUGCCUCUGUACAGAGGAGCAGCCUUCACCAUUACAGUACCAAAGACAAACAUCUCAAAAAUUUGUCCAUUUUUCCCUGAAGGCAUUAAUGGGUCAGCCAUUGAGAACUUCUCCUGUGUGAUUUAUGACAUUUCCCUCAUGAACUGCACUUGGCAGGCAGGCAGGAAUGCUCCAGGAGAUACUCAAUAUUUUCUCUACUGGCAGAACUCGAGAGAUGAUGACCAGACAGAAUGUGAACUUUACAUUAAAGAUGAAAAUGACAGAAACGUGGGAUGUAAAUUCCAAAAUGUGACAAUUAAAGAUAAAACUACUUAUUUCCUGGUAAAUGGAUCCCACAAAGCCUUCCUGAUCCAGUUUUAUGAUAAUUAUACAAAACUAUACACAAUUGAAAGACUCCCUCCUCCACUGAACGUCACUGCCAACUGUACUAGCAAUCCAGGAGGUUGCAUAAUUACAUGGCAACAACCCCUUCUAAGUCAUGUGGAAAACACAGACUGUUUUGAGUAUGAAAUAAACAUACAAACUAAGUACAAGAUCCCAGAAGAGAAAAAGGAUCCUCCCGUAAUCGUAACUGAAAACAAAUACGAAUUCAAAAGUUACAACGCAGAGAAAAAAAGCAUUCUGAAAAUCAGAGCACGUGGAAAAAGAAGAUGUUCUGUAAACAGAAAGUGGGGGGAAUGGAGUAACCCUGUAGAGUUCGGUGAAGAGAAAGAUUAUUUUAUUUAUGUGAUUUUAGUUCUGAUAGCACUCGGAACAAUCCUAUUGACGCUGCUCCAUUACUGCCUUUGCAAGAGGUAUUGCAGUUCAAAAAGAAUAUUUCCUCCUAUCCCACAACCAAGAGGCAAAUUUGAUAUACCAGCUGAGGAAGAUAUCCAGACAGAGAAUGCACUUCUAUCUCAAAUAAGUUGUACUGAGGAAAUAACUGUGAUUGAGGAGAUGACCUAAUCUUCCAGAAAGAAAACAGAUUUGGAUGCAACACAAAAAUUACACAACCUCCUAAUAAUUUCCAAUUAUUUACGGUGUUCUUCACAGCAUGGACUAGAAAUGAGUAUCACCUAUUGAAACCAUUUCCCCACACUAAAAACAAAACAAAACCCACAAAAAUGUUUCUUUUCCCUUUGUUCAGAAGCAAUGCCUGGCAACCAAGCUCCUCCAAAAACACGUGCUAUGAUUUGCUUAAAAGUUGCUGAGGUUCUCUUCACCAUCUAAGACAAAGCCUUUCAUCAACAACAUAGCAGAAAUGUGGUAUAAUUUCUUCCGUUCAUUGCUGGAGCAAUUAUUUCCUGAAUUAAGAGUAGUGCUAUAGGAAAUCAAAAUGCUAUUUCCCCAACUUAACAUUUUAUAUAUAUACUCCCAAGAAUUUUCUGGAGCAGAAAGUAGCUAAAAGUUGCCCUUCUACCUUGUAACUCUGAUACCAAACUCUUAAAAUAUUCAGUGAACCUUAUGGCAAAUAAAUAAAUAAAUAAAUAAAAU